CACUAAACCCCCCACCAAUACUAUACCCCUUUGAAUAUUAUCCAACAAAUCUUGUCUGAUGAUUCGUUUGUGCUCUGUGAUCUGUCAAAUUCUCACUCUACUUCACCACAAACACAACCUAACAAUUUCCAUGUCUUCAGCAUAGUAAAGCAUCUCCAUUUUCAUCUCUUCUUCUUCUUCAUCAAACCCAUCUUUAUCAUUUGUUGCUAAGCUAGGAAACUUUCUGUUCCCCAGUAGCACCAUGUCCUCCAAGUCCAAAUCUGCACUUCCAGAAACCCCAAAGAGUAAGGCAUCACCUGCAACCCCUAGGGGUGGUAGUAAAUUGAGCAGAGGAACCAACAAGUUUGAUGCGGAUUCGCCUUUGCUAAGCUUGCGCUCUUCGUUCGAAAAGUCUCCAAGAUCUGUUACUACUCCUAAGACUUCUUCCGGGGAUAGGCAUUCCACUAAGCUUGCCACUCCACCUGAUAAAAAGCCAAGUCGGUUAUUGAAGCCAUCGGAAUUACAGACAGAACUAAGUCUGGUUCAAGAGGAUCUCAAGAAGGCAAAGGAGAAGAUAGAGUCUGCAGAGAAGGAGAAGACCCAAGCUCUUGAUGACCUGAAGGAAGCAAAGAAGUUAGCAGAGGAAGCAAACGAGAAGCUUAGAGAGGCUUUGAUAGCUCAAAAGCGAGCUGAAGACAAUUCAGAGAUUGACAAGUUCCGUGCUGUUGAGAUGGAACAAGCUGGUAUUGAAGCAGCUCAGAAAAAGGAAGAGGAAUGGCUGAAAGACAUUGAAGCUGUGAGGAAGCAGCAGGCUUCGGAUGCAUCUUCUCUUCUCUCCACUGCACAAGAACUAGAGCAGGUCAAGCAGGAACUCGCCAUGGCUACCGAUGCCAAAAACCAGGCUCUUACCCAUGCCGAUGACGCAACUAAAGUUGCCGAGAUUCAUGCUGAAAAAGUUGAAAUCCUCUCUGCAGAGUUGGCACGCGUUAGAUCUAUUAUUGAUUCCCAGUCAGAGCUGCAUCUUGAGAUUGAUAGUCUCAGAGAAGAACUUGAGAGAAGGAAAAAGUAUGAGGUGGAUGUGAUGGAAAAAGAGGGCCUCUUAGAGAAACUCAGAGUUGAUUUGGAAGCAGCUAAGAUUGCGGAAUCUUGUGCACAUGGUCUACUGGAGGAAUGCAAGAAGAGAGUUGAUGAGUUAGAGAUUGAGGCUGAAGAAGCGCAUAGAACCAAGAGUUCUGCAUUGGAAUAUCUGGGAUCAGCCAUGAAACAGGUGGAAGAUAGGAAUGAAUUGCUGCACAAGGCAGAAUCUGAGAUUUCUUCUCUGAAAGAGAAGAUUGGCUUAUUGGAGUUCUCCAUUGACAGACAGAAAGAAGAACUCAGGGAAUCAGAUUGUCAACUUAAGAUGGCCCGGGAAGAGGCUUCUGUACUGGUGAAGAAGGUCGAAUCCCUUAGUUCCGAUCUUGAAACUGUAAGAGAUAAAAAAAUCCGGGCUUUAAGUAAUGAAAAACUAGCUGCCGAAAGUGUGGGGAAGCUGUUGGAAGAAAAGAACAGACUUUUUGGUGAAUUGGAAAGUUUGAGGGAGGAAGAAGAAAAGAGCAAGAGAGCAAUUGAGAGUUUGACAUCAGCCUUGCAUGAAGUCUCUUCUCAAGUAAGAGAAGCCAAUGAGAAGCUUUUGUCUAGCCAAGUGGAGAGUGGUGAUUAUGAAAUACAGAUUGAAGAUUUGAAAGUGGCCCUACAAGCCACAAAUGAUAAGUACGAGAAUAUGCUCGGAGAUGCAAAGCAAAAAAUUGAUCAACUCACUAAGAACAUUGAGCAGUCUAAGGAAGAUUACCAGAAGUUAAAGGCAGAGCGGGAGGAAAAUGAGUGUAAUCUUAUGAAGUGUGUUACUGAAACCAAAGAAGCAAAUUCUUCAAUGGAAAAAGAAAUCAGUAGGCUGGUAAACUUGUUAAAAGAUUCACAAGAAGAUGCUUCAAUUGCAACUGAAAGCAAAGGUCGUUUGGAAACAAGCUUGUGUGAAACCAAGCGUGAGGUCAAUCAUCUAAGGGAGGUUCUGGGCGAGGCUAAAGCUGAGGGAACUAGACUAAAAGAGUCUCUAAUAGAGAAAGAAACCGAAGUGCAAAAUAUUCUGCAGGAGAGUGAGGAACUUCGAAUCCGAGAGACGAUGGCAUUGAAGAAGAUUGAGGAAAUGUCCUUAAUGCUUGAAGAAACUUUGGCUAAAAAGCAAGCUGGAGAAAACGGAAAGAUUACAGACACUGAAAAAGAUACUGAUAAGCUCUUAAAGAUAGAACAAAAUGGCCUUGCCGAAGAAUGUUCUAAGAUAGAACUCCUUCCCCAUCAGUGCGAGCAAUUUGUAAAGGAAGAAGUUCAAGAAACUAAUGACGCUGCCAAAGAGGAAACCAAUGGAGGUGAACAACUUGAAGUUAAGGGAGAAAAUGGUUCUGUAGAGGAUGCUGAGCUCAAGAUGCAGGAAAGCUGCAAGUUUGAGGAGAAAGAUUCAUCUCCAGAAAGAGAUGAUGCGUGCAAAGACGAAUCAGAGCCAAAGGAAGAGGUACACGAGAAGUGUGAGCAGCCAAACGGGCUAAAAUCUUCAAUGGAAAAGCUUGACAGUGGUAAUGCUAAUCCAGUAAAGCAGCAAAGCCCGAAGAGGAAGAAGCCUUUGCUAAGUAAAUUUGGAAGCUUUAUUAAGAAGAAAGGUACUGUGACCCAGAAGUAACAGACACCACUUGUUAUAGCUGACCUCUAGAUCAGAUGUUGUGCUCUUAUACUUUUUUUUUUGAGUUUCUAUUUUUAUUUUCUAGUACUCUGUAGGCAUUAAAUAUGGGAGACAGACAUUUUAGUGGUAUUGGUUUUCUUUUCACCAUUUGUAUCUUUUCUGACAGCCUAUUUCUCAUUUCUCACUAUGGUAUGUAAUGUUUAGGAGUGUGUUCUUAUUGUGAUUGUUAAACUAUUGAAUCAGUAUCUUAAACAAUCCGAACUAAACAUAUUUGAUCCUU